AUGAAGCACCUCCCACUCGAAAUCUGGUCCCGCAUCAUAUAUGACCUUCGAGUUCCCCUCCCCCUCCCCCUCUCGCGUCCUCAUCGAUCCGCGCUUGCGCAAGGCAAUUUGGUCCGGGCUGCUCUAGUAUCGAAGGCCUUUUACGCCAUCGUCCUACCUCUCCUCUACCGCUCUAUCCUUACAGACGACCUCCCCAAGCUUCUCCACGGCAUCGCGGACCUCUCCGCCGCGCAGUCUCCCGUUCGAUAUACCGUCCACUUGUAUAUCGAGUAUCGGCGCAAAAGUACGGACCCGGGCGUCCUCCCACGUAUAGAGAAACUCGGCUGGACUGAGGCGGAGGAAUUUGGAUUGAGGAAGGCGCAAUGUAAGGACGAGGUGGAACGAUUGAGCGACUGCCUGGAGCGGUUAGACGCGGCGGGGAUCGACAAAGCUCUGCCUCGCCUGCAGGCGCUCGCGGUUGCGUCCAUCUAUGAAACACUCGACUCGGCAUGGACCGACUACAAGAAGCACUUGUCCCCCUCGUCCCGUACCCUUCGAAAUUGCGCGAAGCUCUUCCACACCAUUCUGGCGGGGAGCACCCUACAACACUUUGGCUCUAAUGACCCCGAUGGUCCAUUUUCGCUACCCCAGCUUACCGAUCUCCCUCUCCAUAUAGGCUCCUACUCCCUUACUCUACACAUUGGGGGUGGGGCCGCCGCCGAUGUUCGCAAGGCCAUCUCUUCCACCCUCUCGGCGGAAACGGCUAUGAACCUCGAAUUCUAUUGCUCAUCAUUGGGCAUGGAACCGGAAGGCGCUGCUGGUUUACCGUCUUCCCCAUUCGCUUGCAGCCGGACCUGGAUGACGAAAGGCGGAAAUGGGAUUCGGUCAAAUUCUUCAUCUCCGCGGAUACCCCGACCUGUCUGGCUUGCGGAUGCGCGCCGCCCGCCUGAGGGAGUCGCGGCGCAAAGUUGGGAGGAAAGGAGGGGUUACGACGCGCAGAAGGUGGUGAUGCGGAGCGGAGGGACGAUCUGGGAAGGCGGGCAACGGCUGGACAUUUGUGGGGGAGACAGGUGGAGAUGGCGAGACGGAAUCAGGGUGGACGAGGAUACGGGAACAUGGAUAAGAGGAUCUGGGGCUAGAGUAUCUGAGGAUAUUGACAUUGGAAACCCCCUCUCGCCCUCACCGAUCUCGGCCAAAGGUCCACUGGCCACUGGGCCCACUUACCCCGCAUCCUCAUCUCUCAAUCAUCACCUCAGGCGAGCUCCAAUAGAUGACGCGACCCAUCUGCUCACCGUACGCCGCCUGGAGCUCGAGGAUGCGUGUGCUGAAUCAUGGGGCUGGAUAGCGGAGGAUGGGGAGGGGUUGGCACGCGCGGGUGCAGCGCCCAGGCGGACAAGGGUACACGGAUGGUCGAGGUCCUCAUCACCGGAUGGCUGGCUACUGUCGCUCUACUCGGCUAAAUCGCGAUCGGCUCGUCAUUAUCGCGGUUAUCUCUCAACGACCGCUCGACAGCGGACAAAUAGGCGCCUCGCUCAGUCUCGACCUCGGGAACGCCUCAUCCAUCAUCUGGAGUCGCCCAUACAGGUCACGCUCGGGCGCUCAGAUGUCGCUAUUGCGCCUCUUACCUCCUUGAUCUUUGCGCCAUCCCUAGCUCGCACGGCCACAUCGGAACGGCAAACUCGGCAUCGCACUCCCCGGACCUUUUCCCAAAUCAUCACCGCGUCUCUCUCCCUUGCCCGAUAG